AUGUUUAUCAUUCAAUGGUUUUUUGAUGUUUUAGCAUCUUUAGGUCUCGUUAAUAAAAACGCUAAAAUUUUAUUUUUGGGAUUAGAUAAUGCUGGAAAAACAACUUUACUACACAUGUUAAAAAAUGAUCGUCUUGCAACAUUGCAGCCAACAUUACAUCCAACUUCGGAAGAAUUGGCUAUAGGAAAUGUUCGUUUUACAACUUAUGAUCUUGGUGGGCAUCAACAAGCUCGACGUCUUUGGAAAGACUAUUUUCCAGAAGUUUCGGGUAUUGUUUUUAUGGUCGAUGCUCAAGAUCGUGAAAGAUUUCACGAAAGUAAAAUUGAAUUAGAUGCACUUCUUUCCAUUGAAGAACUUUCAACUGUGCCAUUUUUAAUUCUAGGAAAUAAAAUUGAUGCAGCUGGUGCAGUAUCCGAAGAAGAAUUGAGACAUGCACUUGGAUUAUAUCAAACGACUGGAAAAGGUAAAGUUCCAUUGAAAGAUAUUCGUCCAAUUGAAGUUUUCAUGUGUUCAGUUGUAAUGAGACAAGGAUAUGGUGAUGGAUUUCGUUGGGUAUCUCAAUACAUUUAG